AUGGUUUGCAGCUACAGGAAGUAUCAGCUCAAAGAAGUGGACUCUGGCAUUGGCCCGACUCACAGGGAACAGUUACGAACGGAGAGGUGUAGCAACAUCCACACCAUACAAAGGAGAGGGCACAGCAAAACCUCCUGGACCACCAGUAUCGAGUCUUUCAGACUCUUCGGAUCAUGA